AAAAAAAAAACUAUAUAAUACUUCAAUACAUAAUCAUUCGUUAUAAAGGUUUAGAAGAAAAUUACUAGAUAGACACAAAAAAUAAAAAUGGAUGGUGUGGUGAUUCAAAAUGGAGCACAACAAGUAUUCACAAGGUAUCAAAAUCAAGGAAAUUGGUUGGAACAAAUGAGAGGUUCACUUAUGGUGGUAGCAACAGUUAUUGCAUCUUUAACUUUCCAAAUUGCUAUUAACCCCCCAGGGGGUGUUUGGCAAACAAACACAAAUAAAACAGAAGAUGGUUGUGCAUUUAAUACAACAUGCAAAGCUGGUACUUCAGUAAUUGCCUCUAGUGGUGACAGUGACCAAAAAUUUAGAUAUGAAGUUUUCACAUUGCUAUGUGCAAUAUCUUUCUCUGCUUCUCAGACAAUAAUCUUGUUGUUGGUAACUGGAUUUCAACUUAGUAACAAGUUUGUUAUGUGGUUGCUUAUAAUUGUUAAUUGUAUUUCAGUGUUUUGUACUGCUGGGGCUUAUAUUAUUUCUAUUUGGAUGAUUAUGUAUCCACUUGAUGGACCAUUUUCUAAAUUAGCACUUUAUUAUGGCCUUUUUUGGGCACUGUUGGUUGUUUUGAUAUUUUUAGGAUUUUUCUGUAGAUUAGUCUUUUGGUUACUCAAGUCGUUCUUCCGCCUUUUGUGUUGUUGCCUAAGACGGAAGGAUAUUGGGGAUUAUUAGGAUGAAAGAAAGUCUCAAGAUUCAUAUAACGUUAAUAAAAAUAUUUACAUAUAUCACCAACUAAUAAGAUGUUUCACAUCGAUUAUCUUCUUAGCUAGGACGAUAUAUCUUGACCUUAGAUGAAAUUUGUUAUUACAUGUCAAGAGUUCUGUCUUUUUGGAAUUUAAUUAGGGAAUCCAUUGAGCUGAAGUUUUUCAUAGGAUAGUGGUGUGUAUCUAUUGAUUUUUUUUUUUUUUUGUGUAAUUGAAUUGAAUGCAUAUGUAUUACACAAUCAAACAUGUUAUGAAUUGUAAUAUUAUAUUA